AUGAGGCCCGUGUCGGAGAUCGACGGACGGCAACCAGCGGCUGAUAAAGGAUCGUCGGCAGAGAGCAGUGCGGCUGCCGAGCAGCACUAUAGGGUGGAGCCAUGUGUGAUGGCGAAUUGGAGUCGUGAGCGGCUGUCGGGCACUGUCGGCUUGGAUGGGGUGGAUGGAGAUAGAGCAUCACAACGAAUUGGAGUCGUGAAACCACACAACAGUGUCGGGAUAUGUUUGGAGUGGCGGUGGUAUGAUAUUAUGACGGUGCUGGCGGGUUAUCUGUCGGAGUCGAAGCUGGCGACGGAAGCCACCGGGAUUAUGCUACACACGACAAGCCUAAUGUAUAUUAUGCCGAUGACCCUAGCUGGCUGUGUCUCUCUGCCCGAUGCUUUCUACUUCCUUCUUUCUCUCGAGAUGAGCACCUCUAAUUGGAAUGAAUGCGAUGAUAAGGAAUGGAUGAACAUGAGGAUGAGAUAAUUUAGCUGUUAUUUUGAUUGACUCCAAUUAGGGCAGUCACGAGAGGCCACAGAUGGGGUCGUUUCUAACGAGAUAAGUUAUUGUUUUCAAGUUAUUGUAAUACUGAGUGUUUGUGUUUCUUCUUGCCGUGACGAUUGUGGUUGUCGAUUGUGUAGUAGUUUGGAAAAAUGUGAACGGCCGUAUAAUAAUAUUAGCAAAAUGUUGAGGAAGGCCACGAUGAGGGCCGAAGAUCUCUUGGACGCGCUCAUGGUGGCUUGAUGGGAGCGUGAAGCACCGCUGUCGGGGGACAGGCUGCUGGCGAUGAGGUGGAGCUGGUGGACCAGGGGUUGUGGGGCGGCGAUUUGGGAGAUGACUGUGUUUUCCGAUUUUAAGCAAGUUAGGUUUAUUUUCAUUUGACACUAAACCUUUCAUGAGUUUUUGAGGUUUUUUUUAAUUUUUUUCUUCAAUUGAUGGUGUGUAUAUCGACUUAGGUUUAUUAUGGUG